GCCUGCUCCCCUCGUCCAUUGGUUGCGGCGGCGCUUCCGCCCGUGAGGACGCACAGAAAUGGCGGCGGCCGGCGCGGCUUUCUCCUUCUCCUCCGCCUCGUCCUCCUCUGCCGCGCUGCUGCGCCCGGGCUGGGUGCCCCUGAGGCGGUGGCGAGCCCUCGCUCGCAGCACCAGCAGCUCCCCUCGCAGCGCCGCCAGUGACGAAGCAACCGUUAUCUCAGGGACCAAGCUUGCUCACCAGGUUUUGAAAGAGGUCCGAAGGGAUGUGGAGUCGUGGAUAUCUGCUGGGAACCAGAGGCCUCACCUCACUGUCAUCUUAGUAGGAGACAAUCCAGCCAGUCACAUCUAUGUCAGGAACAAGAUAAAAGCAGCUGCAGCCGUGGGCAUUUCUAGUGAGAUCAUACUGAGGCCUAAAGACAUUUCACAGGAGGAGCUCCUGGAUAUGACAGCCAAGCUCAACAAGGAUUCAAGAGUUAGUGGUUUAUUAGUUCAGCUGCCUCUCCCAGAUCACAUCGAUGAGCGGACGGUCUGUAACGCCAUCGCCCCUGAAAAGGACGUGGAUGGCUUCCACAUCAUCAAUGUUGGACGUCUGUGUCUGGACCAGCCUUCCAUAAUCCCUGCCACCGCUGCUGCCGUCUGGGAAAUCAUAAAACGGACGGGAAUACAAACAUUUGGAAAAAAUGUUCUUGUAGCUGGAAGAUCUAAAAAUGUUGGAAUGCCUAUUUCAAUGCUUUUACACACCGAUGGAGAGCAUGAAAGGCCUGGAGGUGAUGCUACAGUGACCAUUACUCACAGGUACACCCCAAAAGAGCAGCUCAAGAUCCAUACGCAGCUCGCUGACAUAGUAAUAGUUGCUGCAGGUAUCCCAAAGUUGAUUACAACUGAUAUGGUCAAAGAAGGUGCAGCUGUGAUUGACGUAGGAAUCAACCAUAUCCAUGAUCCUCUUACAGGAAAAACCAAAUUAGUUGGGGAUGUGGACUUUGAAGAGCUGAACUAAAGUACAGAGAAUUUUCAGGAGUUUGCUUUGCUUUAGCACAUAUGGGAGUAGUAAAGCUGUAACUUUGAGAAGCAUGAACCUGCAUCCUCCUUGUUUGUUUCUCUUCAAACACGAGACCUUGUGCCUGUAAGAAAGGUGUAGAUUCAGUGGCAAGGCCGUGAUUCAGAGUUUCAGCAAUGCGCUGUAUCUGUCUCGUCAUGUCUGCUGUGGGUUCUCGAGAUUUUACCUGGGGGGAGGGAAGAUCCAAAAACGAGGGAGGAACUUCAGCUUGGAUUAUGCCACUGCAGUUACAAGUAGCAUUUCACUGUGCAUUGCCAAAGGGAAGUUGUUGUUGGUUCAUUGGUAUCGGUGAAAGUUUCACUAAAUCUUUAACAACAACAAAAAACAUCCCAGUGUGUACAGUUCUGAGUGCUAGCAAGUAAACCACCUUUGGCAAGCGUUUGGUCUGGCACUUAGGAAAUGAAACAAGCCAGCAUCUUUGUGUAGCCAAUAAUUUUAUCCUUUUCCUCCUUUUUGAUCACUCAGCUGAGCUUAUAUUUAAGGGUAAGUGAAAAUGGUUUCUGCAGGCUGAGGCCAGGCACAAAAAAUGACCGGUGUGACAUGUUGCACCUGUGUAACAUCACGUAGCCCACCAGUGUCUACUGUCUCUUCAUUCACUUCUUCAGGAGAAAAAUGUGGCUGUGGGGAGAGCAGAGGUUUAAGGGGGUGAUCAGAGUUCAAAUUUCACUUACAGAAACAGGUGGAAAUGGCUUCCUUCACCAGGUCAUCUGGCUGAAAAGUUCCUGUAGUGGAAAUGAGUGUUAUUAGAUGGGUGGAAGGUGUUUAGAUUCAGUUGCUUAUCUUGCCAGUACUUGGAUCCCAUCUUCUAAUCUCUGCAGGGUAGGUGAGAGAGUGAAGGUUAUUUUUAUCUCUUAAACAACAAAAGGAUGCAUUUCAGUUCUUCUUUUUUGUGUCUUUCAUUGUUAAAUUCAGUGUACACAUGUGCAAAAAUAAUGGAAUGCCUUUAAACAGUAUUUGCGAUUUCCCCCAUCCCCACGUGUCCUCUUCACUUUGAUGCUCCAAACUGUGCCCACACCAAAACCCAGUAAUUGUUUGGUCCAGAAUACUUUACUGCACAGUUCCAAGGUGUCUAAAAGAACGAGACAGGAGAACACUGUGCACGUGGAGGGCAGCUGUGAAGCACUGAGAUACCCAGCCUGAUACUGCAGGGAUGUAUUAAACUGCAAGUGCAGCUCUCCAUGUAAAACCACCACAGCACACGGAGUGUACCUGCUCAUGUUAAGAUGAAUUUGCCAAAAUCUGUGGUUUGGGGAGUUGCUGUCCUGGUUUCUGGGAGCCUCAGGAGGACGAGUGAAGUGCUGGGGAGGAGGAGAAGCGGUGGCAUCCCUGUGUGAUCCCCAGCACCCUUUAGGUGCUUUUGGGCAGCAAGUUUCAGUGACAGAAAGGGAGAUCUGCUUAAGUGAACAGUGUGGGGCAUGUGUGGGUGUACUUGGCACUGUUUUAUAGGCUUUUGUUGCUACACCUAUAAUGCCAAGGGAGGAGGAGGGCUACAAGGACCAGGAACAUGAAAUAAAGCAACAACUUACCCAGAACGUUUAGCUGAAACAGCUCUUUUGGGUGGAGCAUCAUUUCCAGGAGUAACUGGUAGAGCAGGGUAGUAACACGCCACUGUAGUGGCUCACCUUUGCAAGUGGAACUGGAAAUACCAAUUAAAUCAAAGUUGCUUGUAUUUCUUUACAAUUCCUUCCACAGUUUUGACAAACAGCACUGCUGAUUGUUGGGUCUUCAUUAGAUGCCUCUGUAGAAAAGAAAUUCUUUGUGCAAGAUGUUUGUGAUGUGAUGUAGUUGUGAUAUCAGUGGAGAGCUUUACACGUGAGAACUGUUCUUUCUGACUUGACGUUGUGGAAGAUAUUCUGGAACAUUGGUGGCACCAUGAGCAGGGAGGGAUUCCCAGCGCUGAGCAGCAGAAGAGUAACAACAAGUAACUGAUGUGGUCCAAGGUGAUGGGGCUAUAUUAUGCAUUGUCUCUGAGUGAGUUUGACCACCACAAUCUUCAAAUCUAAUUAAUUAAUGGAAGUGGUGGUCCUUCAGCUGUACCUUCACAGCAGUGUGCAGGAAGCCUGGGCUCUGUGACAGCAGCUGCAUCUGCCGGUGUUUGCUGCCUCUCCGCGUUCAUUGUGGUACCUGCCCGGCUAUAGGCUGCUCCUCACUUAUUGAAUCCUUUCCAAAUUAGCUCCCUGUGCAGCUUUCCCAAACAGUGGUCACAAAACCAGAAUGUGCCAGGUGCUUUUGCUAGAGCUUUAGUUAGUUGUUAGUAGUUUCUCGGUUGAUUUGGAAGAUCUGCCAUUCAUUUUGCCAUGAAGAAGAGCCCGGUCUGUGUAAUCACAUCACGAUUCUGCUGCCCUGCAGACACUGGGGGAACCGUGGCCUGUUGUUGUGCUCCAUGAGAGCGAGGAAUGAAUGGAAAGGUUUGUGUUAGGCUGUGACAGCAGCCAGAAGGCCAGGCUGGCUGCUGGCUAACUGGGGUCAGUGAGCUGCUGCAGGGCCAGUCGAGGUUCUUCUGCACUGAAGAGGGUGGUGUUCAGGGGCCUUACUGAUACAUACUGUUUGAGUCACGACACUGAGCCAUAAUUCCUUGCUUUUCCUUUAUAUUGAAAUUAAAAUAGCUGCAGUAAGAGAAGGAUAAGAAAAAGAAGGAACUCUGAGAAAUGGAGUAGAUGCUCGCCGGUUGGUAUCCCACAGUGGGUAGUGAGAAGAAUCCCAGAACAUGGGAUACGUGGUGUGACUGCUGAGCACAUGAUUUCACACUUGGGCAGUGCUGCAGGGAUGCAGGGAUCUGGUGUAGCUUUACAGGGACUCGUAAAGCCUUGUGGAAACAGUGCUUAGGCAGGAAUUCCUCUGCAUCACUUAAUGCAGAUGCACAAGACCCAGAACUGCCUUCAGGUUGAGACUUGCCAUUGGUUUGUGUGAUUAACCCUAUUAGGUGUCUGAUGUCCUCAGCUUUAAAGGAACCUAAGAAUGAAGGGCUGUUUCCAAAGCAGUGGAUCCUGUUUUUCAAGGAAACAAUCUACAUUUCAUUUCUUCUGAAGAAUCAAAGGAAGAUUUCAAGGUUCUACAGAAGCUGCAAAAUAGCAGCUCCUCCCCCAUAGGCUUCUAAUUUGCA